GUCAGCCAUGCCGGAGGGUUGUGUGGAUGUUCCAGCGGUCAUGCACGUUGGAAGGAUCAAAGGAGAUGUUGCAUAAUGAACAAUGAGAAGAGAGAAUAGGAAGAAUGUUGAGACAUGUAUAUGGAUCUGAAAUGAUGAAAUGACAAGACGAUGCAUGCAAGGAAAGCCAGAGGUGAUAUCAAGGGGAUCAUUAGUAGAAUUGGUAGGGCGAAAGAUGAUGAGUUUACUUGUCUUGAAAGUCACUGAAUAUUUCUUGUCUUGCUGUAAUUUGUCUUCUAUUUCGAUCAUUGUAUUCAACCGUGAUUUGAUGUGUACUGUGACCGGCAAAGUGGUCAGAAUCUCACAUAUCUUUUCAGAAUGCGCACCAUCCUCUACGGAAAGAAGGCUGCCAACCUCUACACCCAGGCGUUCGUUCAGAACACCCAGGCCCGUGCUCUCUACCAGGAGUCCGAGGACACCUACUACCGUGCCAACGAUGCCGCCUCCUACGAUGACUGGCGCCGCGCUCGCCACCAGUGGGACUACUUCUACAACCGCCACUAAGCGUUGUAGCCUCGCAGCUUCACGGAUUCUUUUCAUGGUGCUCAAGUCGCCGGCAGAUUGCCAAAUGAGCGUCUAAAGCAUUAUUUACAGUAAACAGUUGUACAC